AUGCGGCGCACCCUAUCAAUCGUUUUGGGCUCUUUGGCCCUACUGGUCACAGUGGCCGUGGUAGCUGUUCUUAUUGUUCUCACAAUUCAUACACCCAAAGAAUCAAGCGGCCGAACACUCUCGAAAGUUUCUGUUGCCCUCGAGGUUGUGACUCUCGUCAUCCUCUGCUGGUUCGCCUCCACAUAUGCUUCAACUUCCUUCCGACGAUGGUCGACACGAUGCCUGGGUGUUGACUUUGGUGCUUGUCUCUUGUCAAUACUAUUUGCUACUGUUGCAACAGUGGCUACUCUCAUUCAAUUCAGCAAGUCUAAAUUCGAAAAUGAGCAUGGGUUCACAGGCUCGAGUAAGAGCAGUCUUCUCGUCGGCCUGUCCGCUAGUCUUGGGGUGUGCUUCUUCCUUCAAACCGGUUUCUUAUCUGUUCAUUUCUUCCUUACACGGCAAAGCGAUCAGAAAGCACUUUCACUCCACACUCUAGAGGAGGGCCGAGGCUUGCCAUCAUUCCGAUCCAAGACGUCUCUGAAGUCGAUCCCCUAUAGUCACACAGCUUCAGAUCAUGACACAGCCCCCAGGAUGAUGAACUCGAUGGACUCUCAAACACCCACCCCAUCCAUACGUGGACGUUCCAGAUCCGGCACUUCAACUUCAAUCAAGAUUCAACUUUCAAAUGCUAUUCGAUCUGCGACUAUCAGAAGUCACGUGUCGUCAAGUGAGUUUCGACGACCAAUAUCGACCGACUCGACGAUAUAUCAGUCGAGUGAAGAUGUUUUUGACACCUGGGAUACGUCGUCUGUUGAUACAAACAACCGCCAAGUGGUUAUGGAAGCUGCAACUCCUCCUCAGCAAACCCAAGGCCAUUUUCUCGAGACAAUUCCUGGUAGUCCUUCACCAAGCAGAACGUCCACACCGAACAACGAUAUGCCUCUCGAGCCACCGAGGAUCCGCAUGCGAAGCCGAAGCUUCAGUCCGGUAACUAUAAUACGUGAGCAAAUGAGCCCUCAAACGUCGACGACCGAUCUCCCUGAGCCGUCCCUGAGUGAAUCUCAUAUCCAUCCGCUCUUCCGAUCCGACUCGCCUACGCCGCCCCCAAUGGCUACGCCUGGCACGGUUGUCUUGGCCUCGCCCAAUGCUGGACAAGUCAUCACACACCGCCAGAGUGUACGGUCUCUGCGGUCUGCCUCCAUAACAGUGGGCCCAAGCCCUCUCAGCCAUCGGGAUGAGCACGAGAGCAUUAGAGAGGAGCAAGAGUCCGAGACAGACUCCCUAACGACAAUUGACCGGCCGCUCACACCUCCCAUUCCUGGGUGGGUUAUGGGUGCCGGUGCUCGAUCAAGUUGGUCGGAUUAUAACAACCGAAAGUCAAAAAUCGACAAUGAAGAUGAUGGAGAAAGUAAGAAGCAGGAGAAGAACUAA